AACUGUUAAUAAAACAUAUCUCAAAGAGUCACAGAACGUGGUGAAAAAAAUGACAUUUAAGCAGAUAUACUAGUUUCGUUCAAUAAAAUUAAGGCCUUGUAAAGAAAGAAAAUUCAGUAAUUAACUGGAUUGUUGAAUAAAAAUGUACGCCUUGAGAGGAAAGAAAAUUCAGAAAUUACUAGGAUAAUGUAAAAUGCAAUAGACAUCAAUGUUCAUGUUGUUCAACAGUUGUGGAACAGCCAUCUCAAAAAAACACUAUACGUUCACUGUACGUGUUAUUAAUCAGAUAUUUGAACAGCCAUAUCAAAGAAACACUAUACGUUCACUGUACAUGUUAUCAAUCAGAUAUUUGAACAGCUAUCUGAAAGAAACACCAUACGUUCAUUGUACAUGUUGUUAUGUGCACAUGUUGUUAAUCAGAUAUUGGAAACACGAUCAAUAAUAAACAAUAGACGUUUAUUGUACAUGGUGAUAGUGUAAAACAGAUAUUGGAACUGACUUUAAACAAAACUAUAAUUCAUUGAUAUUAGGAUAAAUAUGACGAGACGAUUAGGCAGCAGUCUCCUUCUUUUGGUGAUAGCUAGAUGUACCAUUGGAUUGAAUUGUCCCCUGUUCAUUUGCUAUUGCAAACCAAGAAAUACAGCACGUUGUAUGAACCAUGGAACAAAUCUGACUUACAUUCCACGUCUUCCUAAUGAUGUUAAAAUUCUAACGUUCGUCAACAAUUACCUCCCGAACAUAACAAGACUUACAUUUGAAAACUUAUCAGCCGAAUAUAUCACUCAGCUAAACCUAUCACAAAAUCAUAUCAAAACAAUUUCUAGGGAUGCUUUUGUUGAUUUCAAAUCAUUUUAUGUUUUAGAUCUAAGUUCAAAUAUAGCAAUUAUUCUCGAUUCUCUGUAUGAAGCAUUUGUAAAUGUGAACUUUGUACAACAAGGGUCGCUUUAUUUAAGCAAUAUAACCAGGAAAGGCUUUCGGACAGAUAUUUUCAAAACCUUAGAGCAUGGAAAAAUAAACAAAAUUGUCCUACAAAAUAAUAAUAUAUUACGAAUUGACGGAUCAUCUUUUAAAAAUUUAAAGUAUUUGAAUACAUUAGAUGUCUCGAACAAUGAUAUAGUAUAUGAAAACUUAUUUGGUUUACGUAAGCUUACUCGACUUUUCAUUAGUAACAAUAAUUUGCACAGUGUCCCAAGCUUCUGUGCAUCGAAUGGGUCGUCUCUUGUCCCAAACUUAAGAAAGCUAAGUAUGAACAAUAAUAGAAUAAAAGUCCUGAAAUCUAAGGAUUUCCUUUGUGUGAAGCGGCUAGAUAAUUUAAAUAUGUUAAAAAAUCCAUUUCGAGAAAUACAGGACAACGUCUUUUCUUCCUUAAGAAAAUUACGUAGAUUACGUAUCCUGCCAAUUGGAAAUAGUCUCAAACGUAUACAAAGUUAUGCCUUUAACAUGUCAAAUGUUAACUCAAUAAAUUUAGCCGAUGCACAUUUUAAAUUUAAGUCCAAAAGUUUCAAUGCCGAUAACAUAUUUCGUUUUUGCCCUCGUCUGUAUGCAUUGAUUUUAUCGUACAAUUGUAUACCUUCAAAUACAGCAACGGCAAUGAAGAUGUUUGGCCUUCUUCAUCAAUUGAGACAAUUAACACUACAAUCUGUUGGAUGGGAAGUAAUACCGGAAAACUUAUUCCAUCGGCUAACAAGCUUGAAAGUACUCGAGUUAGAGAGCAAUGAUUUAUUUUCAUUAUCCUUUAACAAUCCUUUCCUGGGAGUAAACAGCUUACUACAUCUUGGAGUUGGUGGAAACAAACUAAAUACUUUUAAUAAGUCGUCUUUGCCAGAGAAUAUUUUUAACACCUUGAAGACCUUAAAUUUAGCAAGAAAUCCGUUCACCUGCAAUUGUGAUUUAACGUGGUUUGUUCAUUGGUUAAACGAUACAAAAAUAGUAAUGCGAGAGUAUCCAUCUAAUUAUUAUUGUGUUACACCCGGAGUUUGGAAAGGGAAACAACUCAAUACAUUUAGCCAAGAUUGUUCAUAUAAAAGAGUAAAGAUUACACUUAUCGUAGUUUUGUGUGUUACUGUUGGUGUGGUAUUUAUAAUAGCCCUGAUAGUUAUAUUCAAAAUACGAUGGCAUAUUCGGUAUUGGAUAUAUCUUCUGAGCGCGAAACGUAGAGGUUAUAGCAGGAUGGAUUCCAAUGAGUAUAUGUAUGAUGGAUUUGUAGUGUACUGUGAUACUGAUAGAGAAUGGGUACAUCAAAAGUUAGUCCCAUUUCUCGAAGUUGAACAUGGAUACAAAUUAUGUAUUCAUUACAGAGAUUUCCAUGUUGGUAAAUUGAUAGUGGAUAAUAUUUUAGAAAAUAUGGAGGAAAGUAGGAAAAUAAUUCUGGUAAUGUCAAAUGCUUUCUCCAGAAGUAAGUGGUGUCAGUUUGAGGUUCUAUUGGCGAAUGACAGAUGUUUAAAUCAUGACAGUGAAACGAUAGUAACAAUUCUUUUAGAAGAUGUAAAUAGUCGGUACUUUACCAAUGUACUUAAACUAAUUCUGACGUCCACAACUUAUGCUGUGUGGACUGAUGAUGAAAUCGGACAACGGUUGUUCUGGAACCAGAUUCUUAGUUCAUUUAAAAGAAAUCUUGUCCCCAGACUACAAUAAAGAAGAAAUAUAAACAAUGACAAUUGAACAGCGGUAUACUACUGUUGCCUUUAUAAUACACAAGAUAAGAUAA